GAAUCAACAUUACUCAAGUACAGGUAGUAUGAAUAAUCCAGGCAGUCUUAUUUCUUCCAGCUUGAUCCUUAACCACAGCAAAGCAGAGAAUGCAUUCAAUCAAAUGAGCCGAUCUUGUAGAAACACUGGAAUCGUUUAUGCAUUGCAGUUUCUCUCUCUCUCUCUCUGCCUGCCUGCUUGCCUUUCUCCCUCCCUUCCUCUUCCUUAGGAUAUUUGGGGUGGAUUGUAUUUAUUCAUCACAGGACUAGCUAUUUUGUUUUUGUUCACUUGUCAUUUUCACAGAAGACUAGCAUCCUUCAGGGCAAACGGACAACUGUGGGAUUUUCCUCCCCCUCCUAUUUGGUUUAAUUCCCCCCCCCCUUCUUGCUUGUUGGGAGUUUUAGGACCCGGGAGACAUCCUUUCAAACAGCAGGGGCUGUGUGCUUUCCACAUAGCAGUACAGUGCAAGGAAAACCCCGUCGGAUCCGUUAUUGUAGAAUACUUGUGAAAUAUACAUAGGAUUCUUUCUUCCUUAUGGUUGCAUGGUGGGUUUGGAAUUUUUACUUGUGCACCGAGAGAUUUUGAAAAGGCUCUAUCCUCACAAUCCAAGAUUCCUUUCUUGACCUAUUGCUUACAGACUUUUGAGGUUAUCAAUCUUUUUUCCCCUCUUGCUCUCCCCUUUCCUGCCGGCUUUACCCCCUUCUUAAUUUUAAUUUCUGCUUCUUGCUUGGAUUGUACCAUCCGUGAGCAACCUGGCCACUUCGAGAACUAGCAGAAGGCAAACCUUGCGAAGGAUCUUUAGCUCUAUAUGGAAUUAUCUGCUUGGAUGGUGAACUUGGCACUUGUGAAUGGGCAUCUCCUUCGCCUUAUUAAUUGCUAGCAAAAAAAAAAAAAAAUCCCGGAGUUUUGUUUUUUUUUAAACACACACAAAACGUGGAUUCCCUGACUACGCAUUGUGAUGACCAGCAAUUACCUUACUGACUGAUACCAGGAGACGAAUAUUUUGCAAGACUGUGGAGGGGAACAGCCUUGGACAACUGGAAGAUGAAAGCUCCUAUUCCUCACUUAAUCCUUUUGUAUGCUACUCUCGUUCAGAGUCUGAAGGUUGUGACCAAACGGGGUUCAGCUGAUGGAUGUACUGAUUGGUCAGUGGAUUACAAGAAAUAUCAAGUCUUAGUGGGAGAACCUGUUCGUAUAAAAUGUGCAUUGUUUUAUGGAUAUAUUAGAGCAAAUUACACCCUAGCACAAAGUGCUGGACUCAGUUUGAUGUGGUACAAAAGCUCUGGACCUGGAGACUUUGAGGAACCUAUAGCUUUUGAUGGAACUAGAAUGAGCAAAGAGGAAGAUGCCAUCUGGUUUCGCCCAACAGUAGCACAAGACAGUGGACUUUAUGCAUGUGUCAUAAGAAACUCUACUUACUGUAUGAAAGUAUCCAUUUCGCUGACAGUGGGUGAAAAUGACACAGGCCUCUGCUACAAUUCAAAGAUGAAAUACUUUGAAAAAGCUGAACUUAGCAAAACCAAGGAAAUGUCAUGCCCUGACAUACAGGAUUUUUUAAUACCAUAUAGAGACCCUGAAAUCCUGUGGUAUAAGGAAUGCCAAGUGAGAACCUGGAGGCCAAGUAUUCUGUUUAAAAAAGACACUCUUGUUAUGCGGGAGGUCAGAGAAGAUGAUAUUGGAAAUUAUACUUGUGAAUUGAAGUAUGGAUUGUUUGUUGUCAGAAGAACUACAGAAUUAACAGUUACAGCACCACUGACAGAAAAACCACCAAAGCUUUUGUACCCUUCAGAGAGUAAAUUGACAAUUCAAGAGACACAGCUAGGCCAUUCUGCUAAUCUAACCUGCCGAGCAUUCUUUGGAUACAGCGGAGAAGUCAGUCCUUUAAUGUACUGGAUGAAAGGCGAAAAAUUUAUUGAGGAUUUGGAUGAAAGUCGGGUUUGGGAAAGUGAUAUUAGAGUUCUUAAGGAACAUCUCGGAGAACAAGAAGUUUCCAUCUCAUUAAUCCUUGACUCAGUGGAAGAAGGAGACCUCGGAAAUUACUCAUGUUACGUUGAAAAUGGAUAUGGCCGCAGACACGCGACAGUUAUUCUACUUAAAAGGGAACUAAUGUACACAGUUGAACUUGCUGGUGGCCUUGGUGCUAUUCUGCUCCUGCUUAUUUGUUUAGUCACUAUCUACAAAUGUUAUAAGAUUGAGAUUAUGCUAUUCUACCGGAAUCAUUUUGGUGCUGAAGAACUAGAUGGAGAUAACAAAGAUUAUGAUGCAUAUCUAUCAUACACCAAAGUGGAUCCUGACCAGUGGAAUCAGGAAACUGGAGAAGAAGAACGAUUUGCUCUUGAGAUCUUACCAGAUAUGCUUGAAAAGCACUAUGGAUACAAGUUAUUUAUUCCGGAUAGAGAUCUGAUUCCAACUGGAACAUACAUCGAAGAUGUGGCAAGAUGUGUAGACCAAAGCAAGCGAUUGAUCAUUGUUAUGACUCCAAAUUAUGUGGUAAGAAGAGGAUGGAGUAUAUUUGAACUGGAAACAAGACUUCGAAACAUGUUAGUUACUGGAGAAAUUAAAGUGAUACUAAUUGAAUGCAGUGAACUCCGGGGAAUUAUGAAUUAUCAGGAAGUGGAGGCCCUGAAACAUACAAUCAAGCUUCUUACAGUUAUUAAAUGGCAUGGACCAAAAUGCAACAAGUUGAAUUCCAAAUUCUGGAAACGUUUACAGUAUGAAAUGCCUUUUAAGAGGAUAGAACCCAUCACACAUGAGCAGGUAUUAGAUGUCAGUGAGCAGGGACCCUUUGGGGAACUGCAGACAGUCUCAGCAAUUUCCAUGGCUGCUGCUACCUCCACUGCUCUCGCCACUGCCCAUCCCGACCUGCGCUCCACCUUCCAUAAUACAUAUCAUUCCCAGAUGCGCCAGAAACACUAUUAUCGAAGUUAUGAAUACGACGUACCUCCUACCGGCACCCUGCCUCUUACCUCAAUAGGUAACCAGCAUACCUACUGCAACAUCCCUAUGACACUUAUUAAUGGGCAGCGGCCACAGACAAAAACUAACAGAGAGCAGAAUCCUGAUGAAGCUCAUACAAACAGUGCUAUACUGCCACUCUUACCACGAGAAACCAGUAUAUCAAGUGUAAUUUGGUGACAGAAAUGGAAGAGGGAACUUGGCCCCCUUGAGUAGAAGCAAAGUCUGCAGUCUGGUGCCUGGAACUACAUCCUCGACUGCUGCUGUUAAACAUGCAUUACAAUCUAUGAAAUAUGAGGAAAAACAGGGUCUUGUACAUAUGUUUUUUGCAAAUUUCUUUGUAGCAUCAGUCUUCCUGUUUUAUCCAUGUCUCUUGCCAUUCACAUUUUGACUUUGUUUUAUAUGUCAUUGGGAUUUGUAUAUUUACAUUUUUAAAAAAAGAAAAAUGAAGAGACUGCUGUAUAGAUAGGAGAACCCUUUUUGCUUCAUUAGUAUAGUUUAUGUGUUAUUUUUAACAUUUCUUGGGAAUGCUUGGACAAAGCACUGUUGAGUCCAGAACAUGAUCCAUUUUGUUGGCCUGCCUAGCCUGAUACCCAAAGGCCAUGCUUGCAGCAAUUCACCAGUGUGUACGUGCGUGUGUGUGUGUGAACACUUGUUCUUAGGAGGAUCCCACAGAUGAUUCAUAGCCCUCUUCAUUCAUUAUUCCACUGCCACAUCUAAUCCCACCCUCUUUACCCUUGUCCUUUUUACAGAACCACACGGGGUGAAAUUAUAGGUGGUUUAAUUGUCUAACAUUUCACAUAGUAAAUAGUUGUGGAACAAUAAAAAAAAACCCCAGUCUGUAUCACUUGCUUCACAAUAACCACUAUGAAGUAUGUAGAAGGAAAAAUAGAAGGAUUCUUUCUUUCUUUUAUGAGUUGAUUGCAUUCCUUGUAUAGAUAACAUGCCGACUCUAAUUCAUUCACUUCCUGAGAAAGUGUUGGAUGUGUUUGUGAUUUCCCCCACACACACAUUUUGGGUUAAGAUUCAGUGGUUUUGUUUCCUGCUUUGAAUUCUUCAAAUGAGAUUAUUUACAUUUGUCAGGCAAGUAAGGCAAUAGGCACUGAAGUGCACUAAAUCCCACAGAGAUUUACAGUGACAGCUUCCAAACCAAAGGAGAGCAGAAGGACAAUAUCAAAUACGGUUUGUCACAUUGUAUUACAGAAAAUGCUGUCCUUUAAAAAGUAAUGAGAAGAUGCUUUUGCAGCUGAUUUUUGUAGUCCCCGUGGGUACACUGAAGUUCAGUCUUCUCUUUUUCUUUUCACUUCUCCAAAAUUUAGUAUUUUUAUUAUUCAUUCUCUCUCUUCUUUAAAAAUUUGUAAUAAUAAUUUAGAUUUUUUUUUAAUUUCUCUGUUGUUUAAAGGAGAUCUCAGGAGGUUGCAAAAGUAAAAACCAACAAACAUCAAUAUUUUAUACAAGAUUAAUAUUUAAAUCAGACCCAGAAAUGUUGGAAACAAUGUUAUUGAAUAAAAUAAACUAGUUAUAUUUUAAA